UUCUUUCCAUUUCACCAACACUCCGCCUGCAUCAAAAUCCUUGCACAGAGUCACAGACACCACUGCCACUAUUUAUUUUUUUUUGGAGAGAAAGACUCUGACUUUAGAGCAGAGAGAGAGAGAGUUUCUUUUCCGAUAUUAAGAAUACGAUAAUGUCGCAGUUAAGAGACCCGACGAUUAUUAAACUCUUCGGGAAGACGAUGACGAUUCCAUUGCCGCUGGAGCAUGAAACUUGGGCUACUAAGCUCUGUGGAGCCGAAGAUUUCUCUGACCAUAAUCUUCGCUGUUUCCCCACUUCUUCACGCGAAGAGAACUCUGGCAGAGAAAGUGCAAAAGGGGAUAAGGUACCUUGGGGAAGAGAACUCACAGGAGAUAAACAGGAAGAUUGUAACUCCCAUGAGAUCAAAGCGGACUCGAAAGAUCCUACAACAUCAUCAGGCAUCAGUGAGAACCCUAAAACUCCCUCAUUUGAUCGAGAAACUUCGUCACUGAAAGCCUACAAAAAUGGAGAGCAGAGUGAGGCGAGUAUCUCACAAGAAAAGACUCUGAAGAAGCCUGAUAAAAUACUUCCAUGUCCCCGCUGUAACAGCAUGGAUACCAAGUUCUGUUACUACAACAAUUACAACGUCAGCCAGCCCCGUCAUUUCUGUAAGAACUGUCAAAGAUACUGGACUGCAGGUGGCACUAUGAGGAAUGUGCCUGUAGGUGCUGGGCGUCGCAAGAAUAAGAACUCUUCUAGUUCACACUAUCGUCACCUCAUCGUUUCAGAAGCUACUCAAACAGCUCGAGUUAAUGGAGUCCACAACUCUGCUUGGGGAAAAAAUGGCGCUGUCCUCACCUUUGGCUCUAAUUCUCCUCUUUGUGAAUCCAUGGCUUCUGUAUUGAGCCUUGCAGAGAAAACACAAAACCCCGUUCAAAAUGGGUUUCUUAGACCUGAGCAGAUUACUCUUAUUUCUGGAGGAGAUCAUGGCGAUGAUCACUCAAGUGGACCCUCUGUUACAGCUUCAAAUUCAACUGAGAAGGAAGGCAGUGCAGGUUUGCAAGAGUCAGCAGUUAAGAAUUAUCCAGGGUUUCCUCCCCAACCGCCAUGCUUUGCAGGAACCCCCUGGCCUUUACAAUGGAACUCAUCUCAUUGGGGCUCUGUAAUGUCUCCACCUCCUUUGUGCCCAUCAGGGUUUCCUGUAUCUUUCUACCCUGCUGCUCCUGCAAAUUGGGGUUGUACUGUACCAGGCUCUUGGAAUGUACAAUGUCUUUCCCCACCAUCCUCUUUUCAUAGCCACUGUGGCCAAAUCUCUGCCCCAAAUUUCCCAAUCUUAGGCAAACAUUCAAGGGAUGGGAAAAUCCUUAAUCCAGAAAACUCUCAGCAAGAAGAGACAGUUAAAGAGCAGAGUUCAGAAAGAUAUGUUCGGAUUCCUAAAACUUUGAGGAUUGAUGUUUCUGAUGAAGCUGCGGAGAACUCUAUAGGCACAAUACAAGGGAAUGAGAAGAUUAAUUCUGUCAAUGGUGGUCUUUUUAAGGCAUUCCAAUCAAAGGGCCAUGAUAAAAGUCAUGUCGUCGAGACAUCUAGAGUGCUGCAAGCCAACCCUGCAGCCCUUUCCCGGUCACUAAACUUCCAUGAGAUCGCAUAAUUAGAGAGAUUUGAAUUGGUGAACUCUGACUUAGGUGCCAACGCAACAAAUGGGGUUUACCUCUCUGCAACCUCUCCUUGCUGACAAAUUUGUUCAUCCUUCUUUUCCAGAGACCGGUCUCAAUGCCGGAUGUAAUUAGCAGAGCAGUCCAAACUGAAGAAGAUGAAGGAAGUGUCCACCGACUUAUACGUUGUAGUAUAGAAUAUUUGUUUUUUAGAAUCUCAUAUGGCUGCCUUUCUUUCUGUGUUAAAGAGCAUGUAGCUCCUCUAUUAUCUAAUCUGUAACUGUACGAUUGCUUUCACCAUAGAUGGUUUGUUAGUAUGCA